AUGCUCUCCCAGCCUUUCUUACCACGCGUCGUCUCGCUCAUAUCAUUGAGCCUCUCUGAUCUGCGGCAAGCACCCCGCGGCCACUCUACCCCCAACAUGGACACCACCUCUGUCGACCUCGUCCAGCUCUCCGACCUGCUCGGUCACAUCAACUUGGAAAAGGCCCAUGUCGACCUGGUCAUGCCCAAGCCCCCGUCCACUGAACCCUCGGUCACCAGUAUCAGGGUCACGGCUCUUUCGUCCGGCGUCCCCGACACCGACGAGGGUGACCUCUCUCUGAACACCCUCCUGCCCAGCCAAGCUAUCGAGUUCGAGCAGAGAGGCAUGGGUGGCGGCAUAGUGGACGACUCGGACAGCGACGACGAAGAGGUCGAACAGGUGUUUGUCCCGCCCACCGAGGAGGAACUCAAGGCCUUCGUGUCGAGGAUCGAUGCCUGGCGCACGCAGGUUGGACGCACCGGCCCGACCCAGCUGAGACGCAACCACGCGUGUCUCCACCUCGCGAGGCUCAUGCGCCAGCAAGCUGAUGGUUUGUCCUCUACAAGCCAAGGCAGCGACAAGGGGCGGUAUCCACCCACUGAAUCACAUCCCUCACCGCGUCUCCUCCCGACCCAGCCAUGA